GGGGGCAGUAGCGGUCGCUGAGCAGCAGCAGAGGAAGAAGCAGCUGCUGCUGAAUGUUGUUCUUUCUCAGCUAGUCUCGGUUAAUUAAUGAUGGAACUAAAUUAAUCCUGUUUUUGCGGUGAAGUUUGGAGCUUUGAAUUAGCUUAACCUGCGCUGUGUUGUUAGCUGCUGCCGCAUUGCCUUCUGGGAUUAUAGUCUUCUAACCUCUUUGUUCUCUCCGACAUUAUGGCUGCUGUCAUGGAGUCGCCUGGAAACGGAGCGUCAGGAAGCAGGAGGCUGCCGUGUCCCCUGCAUGGAUGUAAGCGUGUUUACUCAGAGACAAAUGCUCUGGAGAGUCACAUGAAGGACCAUGAAAGCCCGAUGCAGUCCCUGCCUGGUAAGAAGCUGCUGUGCUCCUUCAGCGGCUGCAGCGCCUCCUUCCCCAGCAUGCAUAAGCUGCUGGAACACGGCAGACAUCACUACAAAGCCAACAUCUACUUCCAGUGUGAGAGCUGCCGCACCAAGCUCCGCUCCUACAGAGGCCUGCUGGCUCACCUGCACACCUGCUCCAAAAUGCCGCGGGCCAAAGCCCCGCCCACCGUGGCUACAAACCCCGCCCCCAGGACCACCUACCUGCCCCCCCCUCAGCUGGAGUGGGAGUCUUCGCCUCAGUCAGCUGCUCCUCUAGCUCAGCCGGAGGGAUCGGCCCCCGCCUCCUCUCCUCCUCAGGAAUCCGCUGACCCCCCCGCCCUCGGCCCUCCUAUCCUCACACUGCAGGAGCCGCCGCCGCUUUCUGAAGCCUCUCCCGUCACGGACGACGACUCUACGCUUCCCGUCGGCGUCAAACCUGCCGCUGCUGAGCCUCCUGAUGUCCAGAAUCAGGGCAGGGCCGCAGGAUCGCCGGCGUACGCUCCGUCCGCCGCCGUCUGGAGGAAGAAUCAAGCAAUGUCCAGCCACAGACGAGUCCUGUGGGAGCACACCAGGGGGCGCUACACCUGCACUCAGUGUGGUCACACGCUAACCAACCGCAAGGACAUGACUCAGCACAUCAGCAGUCAGCACGGCGGCGGCAAGUCUGCUCCGGAUGCUGGGGGAGCGCCCCCUAAGUCAUAGACCGGAGGAUCCAGGCAGCCUGGGGACGGAAACGGAUCCAGUCAUGGCAGCGCCGCCAUCAUCCAGUUAAAUGAUGUUUAAAAUCAGACAGGAGAUAAAUCCAACAUGGCUGGAUUGUUUUAUUAGCAGAAAGUCUUCUGCUGUCAUCUUAUUUUGUCUGACGCGCUGCUGGUUUCACUCUCCUCCAUACUGUUAAUAAAAUAUGACUGAUGUUCAUUAA